UCCCUUUUGUUCUGUCUUGUUUCGUUUCUACAGAGUGCAUGCGUUGUGCGUGUGGUUGCCGCUGUGGCGUUUAUAGCGCACCCUCGCCCAUAUCGCUCGCGACAAGCGCCACGGCAGCCCUCGUAUCGAAGGGCCGCGGCGCCGGUUGGUUGUGAAGGCGGCGGGUAACGGAUGAAGCCGCCUCUCGGGCGCUGCGCAGAACGCGCGUCUCCUGUCGCCCGUCGGAGGAGGUGCUGCUCCCCCCGUCGGUCGUCGUCGUCGUCGCGGCGGCGCUAGCGCGGCAUGCCUUACCCGAGCGGUGGCGGCGGAGGCAUCGGUCAACCGGCGGGCCGCACUUUCAACUUGGCCAGCUGGAGACUCAAGGCGCGCUACAUGCUGUCCCAUUUCGGCUUCUUCUGCAGCCAGUUCGGCAAGUUCAUCGCCCCCGCCUACUACCAUGACCGGUGCGAAAGGUCGGUGCAGAUGCGGCUGUACACCAUGCAUAAGCGGGAGUUCGUCGUCAUGUUCCUGGUGUUCUUCGCCUGCCUGUGCCUCUGCCUGUUCGUCGGACUCGCGGGGCCACCCAUCACCGUCACCGUGGUGCGCUCCGCCUCCGAGCUGGGCACGCCGGGAGACAACGCCACGAAACUCAACAUGGCGACGGGGCCAUUUGUACUAAAGACCCCUCCGCUAUCGGCGUACAGUCAGCAGCUGUGGGUCAUCGCGCAAAUCACCACAAAGGAGGAAGACGAGGACGAGACGUUUCGGAAGGCGUUCCACCUCGAAAUCAACAUUCAGGGCAUCACCAGCAAGGGUCACGUGGUCAACGCUUACGGCGCAGUACGACCGCACAUACGGGUGCGCCAGCUCACCUGCUCGAAGAAGGUGUGCGAUGCCUUCACGGUCCUGCAUUUGGGCUUCUUGGAUUACUCGCGAUAUUUGCUGACCGUCACGUUCUACGGCCUGGAGUCCAUCGACGAGAAGUACCACAUCGAUGACGUCACAUUUCACUACAAGAGCUACAACGCAUCGUUCACUCAGCUGGAAAUAUGGUUCCGGUUCAUCUUCCUACUCGCAACGUUCUUCGUCACGUGUUGGUUCGCACACACACUGCGGAGGUUUGUCUUCCGAGACUGGUCCAUCGAGCAGAAGUGGAUGUCCAUCCUCCUGCCCUGCCUGCUGCUGCACAAUGACCCCGUGUUCCCCAUGUCACUGCUGGUGAACAGCUGGAUACCAGGGAUGCUGGAUGCAAUCUUCCAGGCAUCAUUUCUGUGUGCACUGCUGCUCUUCUGGCUUUGCGUCUACCACGGCAUCCGCCAGAAUGAGCGUCGCUUUGCAACCUUCUACCUGCCCAAGCUUCUCGUGGUGGGUAUGCUGUGGACUGCCGCCUUUGUGCUCGCAUCCUGGCAGAGGUACAACGAGCUCAGGGACCCCACUUACAACUACAAAGUCGACACACAGGGAUUUGCGGCCUUGAAGAUAUUUUUCUUCACCAUGGGAUCAAUAUACUUGGCCUAUCUGCUCUACCUAGUUGUGCAGGCAUACACGGAGCUAAGAUCAAUGCCUUACUUCGAUGUUCGGCUGAAGUUCAUGACAUCACUCAUGCUCAUCGUCCUGACACUAAGCGUGGUCAUCACAGUGAUGCGGUUUGGGAUUUCCGUUCUCGAAGACAACUUUGUGGCCGACCUGUCAACAACAUACGGGAGCUCGGCAGAGUUUAUGUCCUUCUAUGGGUUGCUCAACUUCUAUCUGUACACGAUGGCUUACGUGUACUCGCCCCCACCAAAUGCUUUUCUAGAAUCUCAUCUGAAGGACAAUCCAACCUUAUCUAUGAUGAAUGACUCUGAUGAGGAGGUCAUCUAUGGGUCAGACACCGAGGAACGGUUAUUAAACCCAGUUCGACUCGGACAGGACAAAGAGGAAAGUGACUGAAUGAAGAAGCGACGAUGCCUUUGCAUGAACCAUUGUGACAGAUAACAUUCACCAGAUAACACAAUGCCAACUGAAACAAUAAACCAUAUUUUUGUAUAGCAAUAA